AUGCUUCCUUAUCUUCAUGCUUCAGGACAUUUUAAUUAUGCCAAGUCUGCGCAUUUAUAUCUACAAGAUAUGGUGCAAUUAGAGAACUUGAUGGAUCCUAGUGUUUAUCAAAGAUUUAUCGAAGGAUUUUUCACUCUUAGACGUUCUGGUAAAUUAAACUGUGGAACUUCGACGGAUAUGGUGAUUGAACAAUCAAUGAUGAAGUGUAUGAAAACAGAUGGAGGUGUUGCUCGAGGGAGAAGUACGCAAGAAAGUGUCAUUAGUAAAUGGGUUUAUGGCAUGCAUACGAUGAAUACUAUGUGUGAAGGAUUGGAAGAUCUCGCUAACGUUAGAAUGGACACAACAGACCAGCAUGUGGAUGCAAGCGAUUCUCGUGUAAAGAGAGAUAUUGAAGAUAUUAAUAAACUUUUGGAGUGGCUCUUAUCACAUGAUCCGUUCCCUGUGAUUCCAAAAAUUAUGUCCAGCGGAGUCGUCGGCGAUGAUAAAAUUAAUUGUCAUAAUGCUCGUGCAGUUGGACUUGCUUCUAUAAGCAAAAUGACUGGCCAAACGUUUAAUAAUAUUAAAUUAAAACGCGCUGAUAGAGUACUUCCUCUUUUAAGUGCAAGUAGCGUCAUAAAAGUAUAUGAUGAAAAGGUGCCUAUAGAUCCUGUAUUAUUAUUUAAACGCAUGAGCAUUACUAAGACAUUUGAAUAUGAACUUGAAACAUUCUUCGCAUAUGAAUUAGCUCCUUACCCAUUCACUCUUUGA